GCCAUUUAAACCGUACACUUUACGCGGACACGUGCAGACGCGAUUUUACCUGGAGGUACAGUACAAGGUGGGUACUUCGUAUUGUACAUCACAUCUCAGGUACCUAAUCUUCAUCCCCGUCACGAAUUUAAGAGCCGCAGCCGUUGCAGUAUCAGCAAGUAUCAGCAAGAAAGUAGAAAUAACUUUACUCUUGAUCAAAUAUGGAAGUCAAUGAUAUCGAUUUAUCUCUCCGCUUCAAGCACGGCAUACAUACAGUCUUCUUAUUUGUCGAUCCCUCAAAAACUUUCAACAGUAUAGCAAAGGAUCUUUUAGAAGCUCUGAACGCACGCUACGAGUCAGGAUUGAGCACUUCUGUCGCCUCACCAGACAAGACCAAGCUACCUUCCGAUCAUUCGCAAAUCAAGUUCGCCCUGCCGAAGAUACCUACUGACCUCAGCCGUGGCUGGAUUCCUCUUGAGGUCGGCGAGACAGAUACGCCGGCUAGCAAAGGUAUCAAGGAUAACAGCGUUAUAGCGUUCGCAUUCUGCCCAGAGGGUGCAGAUGAGAGCUAUGAGCCGGAGUUUACGGUCGACUUCCCUAGCUUUGAUGAGGAUAUGGAGGGCCAGUGAAGAGAGCAGCAAAGGGAUGAGAUUUAUGAGAUACGACUUAGGGUAUGACGGCUAAUGGCAAUGAAAUGUAGCUUUAGGAAAAAAGAGCAGUUUUCCUAUUUUGAGGAGCUUGGAAUGGGCAGUUCCUAAUCCCCUAACUACCCAGUAGCUAGAAAAGCAUAGAAGCAAUGUUGCCGUAAACCGAGAGUAAGCCACGAGAACUGUACUGUAGAAUCUCUGAGCUUAUACGAGUUGACAAUAAGAAACUAAUAGUCAACGGCACAUAAUAGGAGUCAAAUUAGAUGGUC